AUGAAUGCGGACCAUCACCUGCAACAACAACAACAACAACAACAACAACAACAACAACAACAACAACAACAGCGACAACAGCAUCAACAUCAGCAUCAGCAUCAGCAUCAGCAUCAGCACCAGCACCAGCAGCACACGAUAUUACAAAAUGUUUCGAACACUAGCAACAUUGGGGGUGAUUCGCUGGCGUCGCAACCUUACAACACUACUACUAUUUCCUCCAACAAGGAUGACGUUAUGGUAAGCUCCGGAGCAAGAGAACUGCCCAUGCCCUUACAUCAGCAGCAGUAUAUAUAUCCUUACUACCAGUAUCCAAACAAUAACGCUAACAACAAUAAUGCGGCUGCUGCUAACAAUAUGUCCGCGUCUCCGAUCGUCCACAACAACAGUAACAACAGCAAUAUCUCUGCUUCUGAUUACACUACCGCAAACAAUAGUACUAAUAAUAACAAUAACAAUAAUAACAAUAAUAUUCACCCAAACCAAUUUGCUGCCACCACCAAUAUUAACACAAGCGCUGCAGCGGCUGCUUACUACGCCUUUCCCGCUGCUAAUAUGCCAAUACCGCAACAGGACCAACAAUAUAUGUUCAAUCCUGCCUCUUAUAUAAGCCAUUACUAUUCAGCUGUUAACAACAAUAACAACGGCAAUAACGCUCCUAACAACAGUAGUAACAAUUCUUCUCAUCCCGCCCCAGCACCAGCCCCAGCACCAGCCCCAGCUCAUCACCAUCACAGUAACACACACAACAAUCUCAAUAAUGGUGGUGCUGUAAAUACAAACAACGCUCCUCAGCACCAUCCGACGAUAAUAACCGAUCAAUUCCAGUUUCAACUACAACAAAAUUCUUCUCCAAAUUUGAAUCUCAACAUCAACCCGGCGCAACCUAUGCAUCUGCCUCCGGGUUGGAAAAUAAAUACCAUACCGCAGCCUCGUCCUACAGCCACACCUAACCACCCAUCCGCACCGAUUCCUCCUUCAAGCUCUGUGGCUCAGAACGCAAUACCUGCUCCAUCAUCUGACCAUAAGUAUAUCCAUCAAUGUCAAUUUUGUGAGAAAUCAUUUAAAAGGAAGUCGUGGUUGAAAAGACACUUAUUGUCUCAUUCCCAACAGAGGCACUUUUUGUGUCCUUGGUGUUUGAGCAGGCAGAAAAGAAAGGAUAAUCUUUUACAGCAUAUGAAACUUAAGCAUACAAACUACUUAUUAGAUGAACUUAAGAAAAACAACAUCAUCUUCAACUAUAACAACUCCUCCUCCACUAAUAGUAACAAUGAUAACAAUAAUAGUAACAAUAGCGCUAGCGGCGGUGGCGGUGGCGAUCCCGCGACAACAGUAGCAGCAGCUCCCGAAAAUGAAGAUGGAAACAGUUACGAUGCAAACAUCAAAACUUUAAUCAAUGAUGGCGUACUGAACAAGGACGACGUUAAGCGUGUUUUGAAUAACCUUAUUGUUAGCCACAACAAAUAG